AUGGGCUGGGGAGUGUCGAGGGUGCGACCGCUGUUGCGGUGGCUGCUCCCAGUGCUGCUGCUCGCCCGCGCACCGCCGGGCGUACGCGGACACGGCCGGAUGAUGGAACCACCGGCGCGCAACGCCAUGUGGCGGUUCGGGUUCCCCAACCCGGUCAACUACAACGACAACGAGCUGUUCUGCGGCGGGUACGCGGUGCAGUGGGAGCAGAACCAGGGCAACUGUGGCGUCUGUGGCGACGCGUACCAUCUGCGGUCACCCCGGCCGCACGAGGCGGGCGGCGAGUACGGCAAGGGCAUCGUGUCGCGCCGGUACGUCGCCGGGCAGGAGGUCGAGGUGGAGAUCGAGCUGACCGCCAACCAUAUGGGCCGGUUCGAGCUGUACCUCUGUCCGAACAACAACCCGCACGCGGAAGCGACCCAGGCGUGCUUCGACCGCUACCCGCUGUACCUGGCCGGUACGCGCGAGGUUCGGUUCUUCAUUCCACCCGACUCGAAGAAAAAGGACGUGUUUCGCUACCGCGUGCAGCUGCCGUUGUACGUGAGCUGUACGCAAUGCGUGCUGCAGUGGACCUACUUCACCGGCAACAUGUGGGGAAGGUGCGACAACGGUACCGAGUCCGUCGGAUGCGGUCGACCAGAAACGUUCCGGAACUGUGCGGACAUCAGCGUCGUGUCGAAUACGGGCGGUGGCCGGCCCCCGCUGUUCGUCGGCAACAAUAACCCAUUCCUGCUGUACUACCGGGACUUCCGCGACCCCAAACCGGACAACGUGUAUCCACUCAUCAUCCGGGACCAGGUGUGCCUGCCCACUGCCACCUAUCGCGGCUUCAUCGGCAUGGAGGACUGGUGCCAGAACAACUGCCUGCGCUAUCCACCGAACUGCCCGGAAACGGUCUGCCACUGCCCACAAACGUGCGAAGCGAUCGGUGAGCUGCGAGGCCGCGAGGGUGCCGACGUGUACUGUCUCGACCAGUGUCUCAACUACAGGUCCAACUGCCCAGCCGACAGAUGUCGUUGCUACUGA